AUGAGCUCUCAAGGAUUCUCCCGUUGGUACGACAGCGUGUUCGCCAGGGGUCAAGGCGAAUCUGAAGGGGUCCAGAGCGGUUCUAGAGGGGUCCAGGGUGGUUCUGCGGAACGUCCGACCCAGGCUCACGGUGUGGGCGAGGGUCUUUCCCGUUUGUAUGAAAGCGUGUUCGCAGGGAGCCAAGGCGUGAAGCAGAACGUAGAAAAGCUUGUAGAUAACGUUUUUGAGAGCGAACGAGUGAAGCAAGUGACACAGAACGUAGAGAAGCUCGUCGAUAACGUGUUUGAGAACAAGGGCGUGAAGCAAGUGACACAGAACGUAGAACACCUGGUCGAAACUUUUCGCCACGGGGCUGCCCGGAACAGCAGCAACGCGAAAGAUCUGAAGGAUAUUAGGGAGCUUAAGGAUAUUAAAGACCUAAUGGGUUGCACGUGGUCGGGAUUGGCGGCGAUAUAUGAUGCUGUGAGUAGUGGCGAGGAGGUGAAGGUCAACGGGCGACGGUUUCGCAUCGUGCAGAACCUUGGCGAAGGUGGUUACGCUUUCGUUUACCUUGUUCGCGAGACCGGUAGCAGCCGCAGCAGCGCCGUCGAUGGUGCAGAUGCAUCGUCGGAUCCAGCUGCUGACGUGGAGGCCAGCGGUGAUGACAAGGCCGCGGAACCCAGAGAUUCAGGGGGAAAUGCAGGAUCAGCCGACGAAUCAGACGUUAAGCCGUCUCUUCCAUCCAAGCCGAAACGGAAAUACGUCUCUCCUGACAACACAUAUGCGUUAAAGAAGUUUCUGAUACAGACCAAGGAGCAGCUGCUGCUGGUGAAGGCGGAAAUCGACGUGGCUUCAAAGCUGGACCAUCCCAACUUGCUUCCUCUAGUGGAACACGCUAUAGUAUCAUCCAAGCAGCAGCAGGGCACCAAGGAGGCGUACCUGGUCUUCCCAGUCUACCGGGACGGCACCAUUCACGACCAUGUCGCCUGGAUGGCUCAACCCAAGGGGUCGCAACCCCGCAGAGGCCACCGCUUCUCACCACUUCAAGUGCUCACCAUUAUCAGCCAGGUUGCCUCGGGCCUUGCACACAUGCAUGCGAGCUCGCCCCCUCUAGCCCACAACGACAUCAAGCCAGGGAACAUCCUCAUAGCCUUUGGGGGAGGGCAUGGCGCCACAGGGGGGAUAGGCGGGGGAAUAGCCAUUAUGGACUUUGGCUCCACCACGCCUGCCAGGAGACACAUCACCUCCCGCAACCAGGCCCUGUCCUUGCAGGAAUGGGCGGCGCAGCAUUGUUCAGCGGCGUACAGAGCGCCAGAGUUUUGGGACUGCCCGAGUGAGAUGGAGAUCGAUGAGAGGAGUGACGUGUGGUCGCUGGGAUGCACGCUCUAUACCACCAUGUACGGGCAGUCCCCCUUUGAGUUCUCCCUGGGCGAGUCAGGAGGCAGCUUGCAACUCGCAGAAUCUACCAAGAAGACCUCAGGGUUAUUUACCCUGUCAAUAGUCGCAGCGUGGUACACAAGCAACAUCGGGGUGCUGCUGCUGAAUAAGUUCCUGCUAAGCAACUAUGGCUUUAAGUACCCCAUCUUCCUCACCAUGUGUCACAUGACCGCCUGCUCCCUCUUCAGCUACGUCGCCAUUGUGUGGAUGAAGAUCGUCCCUCUGCAGCCUCUCAAAUCCUCCUCGCAGCUCCUCAGAAUCGUGGCUCUGAGCGCCGUGUUCUGCUUCUCAGUGGUGGGCGGCAACACAUCCCUGCGCUUCAUCCCGGUGUCGUUCAACCAGGCCAUCGGCGCCACCACGCCAUUCUUCACCGCUGUCUUUGCCUACCUCCUCACCUUCAAGCGCGAGGCCGCCCUCACGUAUGCCGCCCUCCUGCCUGUCGUGCUCGGCGUCGUCAUCGCCAGCGGGAGUGAGCCCAGCUUUCACCUCUUUGGCUUCAUCAUUUGUGUAUCAGCAACAGCAGCGCGGGCACUCAAGUCUGUGCUACAGGGCCUGUUGCUGCAAUCUGAUGGCCACCAGCUCAACUCCAUGAACCUGCUCUUCUACAUGGCUCCCAUAGCAGUGCUCCUCCUCCUCCCCGCCACUCUCAUUAUCGAGCCAACCGUGCUCGCCGUUGCCGCCAGUAAAGCACGCCAGGACUGGGGGAUCAUCCCUCUGCUGAUAGUCAACUCCUCCACCGCCUUCUUUGUGAAUCUCACCAACUUUCUGGUUACCCGCUACACGAGCGCGCUCACUCUCCAGGUGCUCGGAAAUGCCAAAGGUGCAGUUGCUGUAGUCGUCUCAAUCCUAAUAUUCCGUAACCCUGUAACACUGUUAGGGAUGAUAGGCUAUGGAAUCACUGUAGCUGGAGUUGUUUUGUAUAGUGAGGCAAAAAAGCGAACGUCGAGAUUGCGCCUCGUCUUCGACAACGGAAAUAAGACAGGACGCUGA